AGAGCAUCGCACUCCUACCGUCUACACCUCUACACCUGUAUCUACCUACCCAGCUUUAAUUGCGACUCACUGUAACCCGCGAUCCAUCGGCGGCCCGAACGUGGGAAAGAGGAAGGAUCAGAACGAUCCAGAGCGCACGGUCAAGGAAGAAGGGAGGAAAGAGUUGGGUAAAAGGAAAAGCAAGACUGCUCGGGAGGUUCGCUGGAGGAGAUCCGUUCCGCUUCCACGGUGUUCUCCUCGACAGGCCUGGUUUCGAUGGCGAGCUAAAGAACCGACCAUUUCGUGAGCAAGACCAAGUAAGAGCACCGAGCAGAGCUUACAAUUAUGAGUACGACGGCGGCUCCGAAUCUUACUCAAGAUCCCUCUAGUUUCUACGACCCCGAUGAGGUUUUUCCCAAGAACAGUCCCAUCCUGGCACCACACAAGCUCAAGCUGCAACCGUCGCCGAGCCCACCGCCGUUCUCGCUGGCUAAAACCCAUUCCCCUCCAAGCUUCAGUAACAGGAGGUCUAAUCGUCCAAGGAUAAAGCCAAGCCAAGGCGAUGCCGUCUUGGUCGCCCUCCUUGACGGUGGCAGACGACCCGAAAUAGCGAUUCACGCCGGCACUCAGGUUUUACCGUCCGACCCUGAAGACGGGGAAAGCGAGAGCGAGACCUCGGACGACUCUGACUCUUUUAAAGAAGAAGGGGUACCGCUAGAUCGAGCGCAAACCGGGCGGCGACGGAGUAAAGACGAUCAAGGGACCGCGUUAGGGCCCCAAGAAGGAAAGGAUCGCACCAUGACCACAGACUCGGCCAGGCGGCCGGAUACCGGCGCCUUCCUCGUAUCUCUCGCAGCCGGUGCGCUUGCAGUUACGGAGACGACAAAAGGGGAUACUGAUGACGCGGGGCUGCCGCCACUGGUUGCCGAGCAAGCUCUUGCGAAGGAGAAGCGCCAUGCAACGUCGAUACCAGCAGCCAUCACGACUAGGAGAGAAGACCCUUACCCAGAGGAGAGAUCGGUGACGAAUGCUGGCCCGUCGCCUUUCAGCCCUCUCAGCAUCUACUCGCCGCGCGAACCAGGUCAUAUCAUGCAACAAAAGGUCGAUCUCAGGUCGCCCACCGUCAUGGGCUCCAGUGUCCGUGGGGAGCUGCCGCCAAUACAGAUUAACUCGCCCAGGUCGGACACGAACGGGCAGACUCCGUUACCAUCCAUUAGGGCACAAUUUGGCGGCGACUGGAAAGAACUCGCCGACUCCCUGGUAGAUAAUCAAGGGCACCUACAGCAUCCGACCUUCUCCCACUCACCGCCCGGGUCACUUCCCCGGUUCCCGCCGAUGCAUCGGCCGCAUCACGGCUCACCACCCAUCUCCCCGGCCGAGACAUUGCGCCGAGACGUACCAUCACCCGGCCACGCUCUGAUACCAUCAGGUGUCAGUCCAUAUAACUACUACCACCCGCAAGCGAAUGGGCUUCAUCGCCAUAACCAGGACUACUCUAGCCCUAAUGAUGAGACCCCAAACACAGAUCAGUCGGGAUCGACCCCGGCAACCUCGAUAACAGAUCGGCUGAGCAUCGAUGGCCUCACCAACCCCGCGAACGGCGCGUUCGUGUGCAAAUUCAGCGGCUGCAAUGCUCCCCCUUUCCAGACUCAGUAUCUACUGAAUUCUCACGCAAACGUGCAUUCGUCGGCAAGGCCGCAUUACUGUCCCGUCAAAGGCUGCCCUCGCAGCGAGACCGGCAAGGGGUUCAAACGGAAAAAUGAGAUGAUCAGGCACGGCCUCGUCCACGACUCUCCAGGAUAUGUUUGUCCGUUCUGUCCGGAUCGGGAGCACAGAUACCCACGGCCUGAUAAUCUACAAAGACACGUACGGGUACACCACGUCGAUAAAGCCAAGGACGAUCCCCUUUUACGGGAUGUCUUGUCGCAACGACCAGAUGGGCCGAGUCGUGGGCGAAGGCGGAGAGGCGGACCGAACUAAUCGGCUGCAUACUCGGACCUCAAGCCGACUACUCUACUUUAAUUUUUAUCUUGCACAUAUUUUACACCCCUUGACACAGGCUUCAUCAUUGUGAUGAUGUGCCCGUGUGGAGGUAUUUCUUUCUUUUCUGAUCAA